GGUUGAUCCCAUUCCAGAGAUCAAAGGUUAUGUUUGAAAUGGCAGCGCGAAUUCAGCAUCAGAUGUCUAUAAAAAAAACAUGUUUUGUGAGGUUUCCUGGCCAUGUUGCACCUUACAUUAGAGCAACAUUGCUUAAAGAGAUGAUUAAGUACCUGUUGUACCAUAGUCAUCAAAUACAAAUGCCAUUUGAACAAAUAAAAUUUGACUUCGGAUCAUCAAAGGAUUCUGAUUUCAGCCGGCACCCAGCGAAUGCAGAAAAUGCAAAAAGACUAAUUUCCGGUCUGGAAGAGAUAUUUACGAACAUUGACACUUUAUUUUCCAUGGCUUGCGUUACACGUUUUGCCAUCAUCUUUGGUGCGACGAUUGUAAGUCCCAGAGAAGUUUAUCAUAUGACAAUAACCGAAAGGCAUUUACCUAGUAGUACCAAUAGUGACUCAACAAACUCCAGUUCAACUAAGAAUAUCCUCCGAACUAAGACCUGCGUGCGUACAUUGAUGAAGGAACUUGUAACCUCUGACGCUUUGUUAUCAAGCAAGAAACCAUCUGAAAAAAUUCCACCACCUACAAAGAUGUUUCUUCUUAUCUAUGCGCAUAGGAACUCGGGCAUUCAGUGGUUUGUUCCGAUCAAUUUUACGAGUCCUAGGAGAGGGGAGCAGUUUUGGAUCAAGGUAGAACAUGGGGAGAGUUCAGAAACCGAUGGGGUCGAUGCCCAAGACAGUCUUGAAGAUGAUGACUGGAUUUGGUUUAAAGCACCGGUUGAUGUCAAGGGAUUUCUAGAAAAAGCAACAAACUUGUCAAAGGGUUUUCAGUUAUGAUGAAUGUAAAUUAUUUGUAUUAUUUUUUAAAAUUAUCUUCACUAAAGUUAUUUACCAAAUCAUACCGUAAAACCGUGAAAGCCCCGGGCUUUUUUUUUUUUUUGUGAACUUUGGAUUUUCAAGAUGGCUUUUUUUUCGAAAUGGGCUUCUUUUCGAGGCUACUUUUGCAAAGUAAACAGGGGAGCUUCUUUUUAAAAUGAAUGCUGUCAUUUUUGGGAAUUACUACUAUAAAACAAUAAAUAGGGCCACUGUGAGUCUGUACUGUGUCAUGAGAGGGUAUUAACCGGCAUUAAGCUACUGUACCUACUGUAUAAACCAUGUUUUUAAUUUAUAUUGUUCCUUUGAAAUUGAUGUACAGUAUAUGUACUGUACUAUCUCGAAAAUAAGCCCAUGGGCUUCUUAUUGAGAUGAGCUUCUUUUCAAGGGUAGAUUUGCAAACUAAAGAGGGGGCUUUAAUUCAAGAUGUGCUUCUUCUCAGGGUUUUACGGUAAUGUUAAUACAUAAUAGUAAUCAGCAUUUUAAAUAUUUUACUUCAAAUACUGUGCAUUUAGAAAUAUUUUACUUACUUUAAUACUUAGUAUCUGAAAAUACUUUACUGUCUUAUCUGGAAAUACUGUACUGUACUGUACUGUAUCGUCAAAUAAUGUGAAAGUUGUACUGUACUGCAUUUAGAAAUAUUAGUACUUCAUUGAGUAUCUGAUAAUACUUUUAACUACACUAUCUGGAAAUAUUGUAAAGUAUCUGGAUCUAAUAUUGUACAGUAUCUGGAAAUACUAUACUGUACCGUUAUUGAAACGUUUAUGUAAGUUUCUAUUUUAUCUGGAAUAUUUUACUGUAUUUUAUCUAAAAAACUGUACUUUACCAAAUCUGAAAAAUAGACAUACAGUACAGUACUUGUGAAUUAUUUGCUCUGUAUCUGGAUUGUGCUGUACUACAGUAUGUCUGGGAGUAAUGUAUUGUGAAAAUAUUGUACUGUAUGUUGUAUUCAGGAAUAAUUGAACUGCAAUAUUUUAGCUUCCUCAAGAACGUUUGCCUUACAAUAAAAUACAAGAAACGCUGAAUGUAUCUUUAUUUAUACAUAAUGCGAUUAUCUGAUAAUGAAUGAUAUUUUCAGAAUUUGGUUAAAUAUUUUUUGAAUACUUUUGGAAAGUGAUUGAUAUUUAUUUUAUAUUGGUUUUUUUUUUUCAAUAUUUUAUGCAAUUUUUUAAAAAUAAGUUAUUUGGACUAAUAUACAUUUUAUUAUUAAAUUAUCAAUAGUUUUAAUAUUACUGUAGAUUUAUUUUAUGAAUACCUACAGUACAGAACUACAUACAUUUUCUGUUGUAGAGGUUUUUGCAGUGUGACCAUCUUCUAUGCUUCCUAAUUUAUUAUUGUUAUUAUUGUAAUAUUUUGCUGUUUAUUGAAUCGCUGUGUCUUUAUUAUUGUUAAUCUUAGAUAAAAUUGCUGCAGAUUCUUUAGUUCAUAAUGAAAUUGAUAAUAGCACCUUAAAUUUAGUUACAUUUUUUCAUUAUUUAGUGUGCUUUUAAGAUGCUGAAUUUAAUUUUAGAAUAAUCAAUUGAUUUUACUACAAAUGAGUCAACUUACAAGAUUUAAAUCUUGCUUUGCUGUUUUAACUGUACUGUGUUUAAUUUCAUCUUAUGCCAUUUUUUCUCCUUUUGUAUUGUUUUCUGACAUGAUUGCCUCCACUAAUAGCCAUUUCAGUUUGUUCUGACACAACAUUUCACAUUUUGUCCAACUUGUUUCUCUCCACCCUCUAGUAUGGUACCAUUUGUUCUGACUUGUCACUAUCCACUCCAUUCUGGUGUAGUCCUUUGUUGUGCUGUUUGUUCUUAAACAUGAUCCUCUCCAUUACGUUGUGCCAUUCUUAUUCUAACAUGAUCCUUUCCAUUACGGAUCAGCAUCGAAUUCCAUGCCCUGUAGUAUACACCACACUCGGCCCAUGUUUUCAUUAAAUACGGCAAUAAGCCGAAACACCAAUGGGUAUGAACAGCAUAUGAUGUGGCCACUUUAAAGACCUAGCCCAAAGGUUGCGCCAGUACUUGCCAAAUGGAGGUCCCAUUUUCCCGAUGAGAUCGUAAGUGGGCGUAAUUAGUGGCUGCCCAGAACCACUGUUUCCACAACAUGAUGCGCUCUAAUGUGAUACACGCUCUGUACACUUUAUUGUGUCAUUUGCCGUGGACAGAAUGGUAUAGUGUUUGUCGAUUUUUAAAGUCUUGAUUUAAGCCUUGGUUUACUUUUCUCUAUUGCGAUUUUGGUGGGAUGCUAUCUUGCAGCUUACUACAGUAUACAGUUAAUUUCGUACUACAGUUUAAUAGCCACAGUUAAGCUUGGUUUUCAUACAAUCACUACACGCUAUCACCGACAGCUUUCGGUGAUGCUGAUUGGUUAGUCGAAUGGGGGUGGGGGUACUGCCAAGCAGUACAACGAAUUUCACUGAAAACACUAAGCUACAGUUGAGCGAGUUUAAGGAAACCAGUCUUAAACCUAAUUCUUUAUUUGAUUUACAGCAAUUUUUUUAUGACCACUUUAUAUGAAACUUUUUUAAAUAGUUUCUUCUGAGUUGGAUCAAUGUUGAAUUCCAUUGUCCCGUCUAAGUGUCCAGAAUUCGCUGUUACUGUAUUGAAAAAUAUUCCUAGUGUAAGCAUUAUUGAAACAAUCAUGACUUGAUUCAUGUUUUACGAAUAAUCUCAUAUUUUUGAGUGCUAUUUUUAUCUUUACUUAAUGCAUGAACUGCCUAGUAAAGCAUUGAACACACUGCUCCCGACGAUCAUUGCCCAUCGCGAUGUCGUUCGCCGCCGGCAGUUGUACACCCGGCUUUACAUUUUCUCAAUAGGCCUAUCAUUUUUACACUCCAGCAGGCUACAUUAUUGUGUACAGUUUUAGCCAACACUUCAGUCCAGUUGAUGGGUUCUGUUUUUAUAUGAGUGUUGUCUUGGUUUCUUUUAUACACUAAAGUUGAGUUCUGUAAAUUUCUUUUGGUUUUAAUGUUGUCUUGUUUGAGUGAAAAUUACAUAAAUGUUGGCUGAAUUCGGUUUUUUUUUUUAGUGGAGAGUACUGAAUAAAAGUGUAUCAAUUUGUAACAUGUUUUA